AUGAAACGAGUGAGGCCCACAUCCAACGCGGGGGAGGGAGCUUCCUCGGCGGAGUCCCCUGCGAAGGUUGCGCGUCGCGAAAGUGACACAGAAACGCACGAGAGACAGGCUGGGAAGGAAGGCCCCAAGAGAGUUACACUCUUUAUUCGCUCUGCGCAGAUUCGUAGCCGCGGCGAACUGGUGAAUGGGCUUUUGCGUGAGCACAAAGAGGCCCUGGGUAUCCAUUCUUGGUAUGCUGCGGGCGACGAUGGCGACGGGACGGUAUCCGCAAUGCUCCUUCGUCCGGAUGCCCCUGUUGAGUGUGUUUUUGUGAGGGCGUCACGAAAGCCGUAUUUUCUGUUGGAGUGCACGGAGGACGGGGAGGCCUCGAAGCGGUUUGCGGAGAAGCUGACGGGGCUGCACAACAUGGCCUACAAAGGCCAUCCGGUGUACGUGGAGGUGGCAAAAGAGGGCCUCACGGUGUCUGGGGAGCGGAGGAAGCUAGAAAUGCGUGACGCCGCAAAACUAGCGUCGACUGCGGCCGGUAAGUUUCCCGCGGGCAGCGCCACCGCACGGCCACCCACCGCCACGACUUUUGUUCCGCGCGUGUUGCGGCCGAGGUGA